AUGGAUCACCUCAUCGGUCAGAGAUUCAACCUCAUCUCAAAAUCAGAGAUUCGCUAUGUCGGGACCCUUCAUGAAAUCAAUGCCGAACAGUCGACCAUCGCGUUAGAGAAUGUCUAUUCCUUUGGCACUGAAGAUCGAUCGGUCGCAAAAUUCAUUCCUCCUUCCCAGGACAAAUACGGCUUCAUUGUCUUCCGCGGAGGUGAUGUCAAAGACAUCAAGAUCGCUGAAGAUGAACCCUCUCAACCUUCACCUCCUCCUAACAUGCCCAACGACCCUGCCAUUCUGAAUGCUUCUCGACCAGGUCCACCUCCAUCAGGUCCUUCCCACGAUGGUCCUUUCUCUCCUCCGGGUUUCGGACCUCCACCUCAAUUUGGUGGCUACUACCCUCCUGGUCAAUUCGGUCGAGGCUACGGACCCCCUCCUGGUGCUUUUGGCCCUGGCCCAGGCUUCCCACCUUACGGACCACCACCUCCUGGAUAUUUUGGUGGUCCUCCAGGUCAAGGUUUCCAACAUGGGCCACCUGGCUUUCAUCCACAGCCUCCGAUCGGUCCUCCAGGACAACGUCUAAAUCAUCCUCAACCUCCUCAACCAGCCCAACAUCCCACGGAAUCCAUCGCUCCUGGCGCAGGCCCAUCUCCAUCUUCUGCACAAACAUCUGAACUGCCAGUUGACAACAAAGCUCCAAUUGCGUCCAAUGUUACAACUUCAAUCAAAGAGACCCCGACAGAGACACCUGUUCAGCCGAAAGCAGACCAAGAAAAGGCCGUGAAACCAGGUCCGCCUGCGGCAUCGGCGACAGCUCCCAAGACAGCUCCGACUGGUCCUAAAAGCAACCGGGUUGCACCUGCUGUUCCAUUCACUGUAAAUCAAAAGUCAUUCACACCGCCUGUCGUCCCUGUUCAGGAUGCACCAUCAUCGUCAGCCAAUGGCACGACGGCCGCAAAGCCUGGCAAACCUGCAUCCUCCCAAGCUGCAAUGGAUGAAGCAGCACGACAAGCCAAAGAAGCUGUUGCUGCGGCGAUGGCAAAACUCAAUCCUCAAGCACCCUCGGCCCAAGCUAAGUCGACCCCGUCAGCUGCUGCAAUUGAUGCUCUGUCACAAAGAGUAAAUGCAAUGUCAACAGGGCCCAAUGCCGCAAAUGGUACACAGCGAGGAGGUCGGGGAUCAGCCAGAGGGGCUCGUGGUGGUAGUUACGGGCGUGGUGGACAAAAGAAGAUGGAGAUUCCCAAGUCUGAUUUUGACUUUGAAUCUGCCAACGCGAAAUUUAGCAAGGAAGACUUGAUCAAGGAGGCAAUUGCGUCAGGAUCGCCGCCCAUUGCAGGGUCGGACGAAGCACCUGUCGAGAGUACUCCUGGUGAAGAAACUUCUGUUGCGGCACCCAAGAGAAAGGAUAGUCUCCCUCUCACGACGGGCUCUGCGUAUAACAAAUCUUCAUCCUUCUUCGACAACAUCUCAUCUGAAGCCAAGGACCGCGAAGUUGCUGUGGAUGCCCGAGCUCAAGGAAGACAAAUGAGAGGUGAAGAGUUCAAGAAGAACAUUGAGACAUUUGGCCAAGGCAACGUCGAUGGUGGAUUCCGUGGAGGCCGAGGACGAGGGUCUGGCUAUGGUCGAGGACGAAAUUACAACAGUGGAGGCCAUCGUGGCGGAUACAAUAACCGUGGAGGCAGUGGCACCAACAACUAUCGAGGAAGUCGAGGACGUGGUGGUCAAGGCCAGGGGGAUUCCGUCCAGGCGAUUUAG